GAGGCCUUAGAGCGGCCCCCUAGGGAAAGGAGCAGAUUCCCUUCUCCAGUGCUGGGAGCCCUGCUCCGGUACCGGGGCCAGGCCCCGCCGGCCUCACUCUUCAGGGUCAGUGAUUCGGUAGUUAGCACCUGGAGUCUGCCUUUGCCCGUACCCGUCAACGCUGGAGCAGCGUCCCCCCUGCGCCUGUGUUAUACCUAUAGCUGGGGGCAAUAUUGGGAUAAUCAACUGGUAUUCUAGCAUGGACACUGUUGCUAGCCAUAGUUGUCAUCUUCUCCAGCAGCUACAUGAACAGCGCAUUCAAGGCCUUCUCUGUGAUUGCAUGUUGGUAGUAAAAGGUGUCUGCUUCAAAGCACAUAAAAAUGUAUUAGCUGCUUUCAGUCAGUAUUUCAGGACCCUGUUUCAGAAUUCUCCAGGCCAGAAGAAUGAUGUCUUUCACUUGGACAUUAAAAAUGUAGGUGGCAUAGGCCAGAUCUUGGACUUCAUGUACACUUCACACCUUGAUCUUAGCCAGGACAAUGUACAAGCUAUGUUGGAUAUUGCACAAUGUCUGCAAGUGCAAAAUGUGCUGAACAUUUGCCACACUUUUUUAAAAUCCUCCACAGCUGUAGAGUCUCCUGCCAGCAUGCCUUGCAAUAGUGUGUUCUCCUUGCAAAGUACUUUGGCUACAGAGACUAACUGUGUGAAUGAAAGUUACGGUACUAACUUACUGCAUGAAUGCUCAUCAGAUGCACAAGCGAGUAAAGUGUUGGAUGACCACCAUUCCCACGGAUCACAAUCUAUUAAUCUUCAUACUUCCUCAGGUGAUGUACAGAAACAGACACAAGACUCCUUAGAUGGUAAUUGCACAGAGCUCCCAUUUAAACAGCCAAAUUACUAUUAUAAACUGCGCAACUUUUAUAGCAAGCAGUUCUACAAGCAGAAUGCAUGUUCCAACCAUGAGAGAAUAACAGAACAGUCCUUUGCUUUCAAUACAUCUACUGAACUAAGUACAGUAGAGAGCAAUUCUUGUACUGUCAAUCAAUCUGAAUGUAUUUUGGAAUCCUCUGACCACUUACCCUCCAACUUUCUGGUUCAAUCCUUGAAUGAUUCUGCUCCAGACCAAGAUUUGGAAAGCACAUCCUUGCAGCCUACCAAACAGAUGCGGUUGAAAAAGGCAAUACAUCUUAAAAAACUGAAUUUUCUGAGAUCACAGAAGUCUGCAGAACAAUUGUCUGAACCUAAGAGAGAUGACAACAGUAUAACAAGAGUAAUUGAAUCUGUAAAUGAAAGUACCAUGGAGAUGACAAAUAUUAAUGCUGUUGAAGGAAAAGAAACUGAAGAUCUUGUGAGUUCAGAGAGUUUUGAACAAACUGUUGAAAUGGAAAGAUCUCAAGGUCCUUCAGAACAAGAUGAGCAAUCACAGAUUCUUCAGUCACAGAGGCAAUAUACUUGUGAAUUAUGUGGAAAGGCUUUUAAACAUCCAAGCAAUCUGGAGCUCCAUAAAAGGUCUCAUACAGGUGAGAAACCUUUUGAAUGUAACAUUUGUGGGAAACACUUCUCACAGGCAGGUAACCUACAGACUCAUUUACGUCGGCACUCUGGUGAAAAACCAUAUAUUUGUGAAAUCUGUGGGAAAAGGUUUGCUGCUUCUGGUGAUGUACAGCGUCACAUUAUUAUUCACUCUGGAGAAAAACCUCAUUUGUGUGAUAUCUGUGGUAGAGGUAAAGGGGGUCUAGAACUGGAUGUCUCCCACAUCUCAGGUGAGUACCAAGAGAUGUACCAGAGCAGUAUCUCAGGAAGGAUGGUGAAACUAGGGAAUAAUUUCAGUGAGAAGAGCACAAAGCAGCCCCUCUUGGAGGAUGGAUUUGACACCAUCCCCUUGAUCACACCCCUGGAUGUCAAUCAGCUACAGUUCCCGCCUCCUGAUAAGGUUGUAGUCAAAACAAAAACAGAAUAUGAACCUGAUCGCAAGAAAGGAAAAUUUCGUACCCCCAAGAUAGCUGAAUUCACAAUCAGCAUCACUGAAGGAGUUUCGGAAAGAUUUAAGGUAACUGUUCUGGUCCUUUUUGCCCUUGCGUUCCUAACAUGUGUUGUAUUUCUAGUAGUCUACAAGGUUUACAAGUAUGAUCAUACCUGUCCAGAAGGAUUCGUUUUCAAGAAUAAUCAAUGCAUUCCAGUUGGAUUAGAGAACUACUACUCUGAACAAGACUCCAGCGCUCGAGGGAAAUUUUACACAGUCAUAAACCACUACAAUCUGGCCAAACAAACCAUCACACGUUCAGUGUCUCCAUGGAUGACAGUACUGUCAGAAGAGAAAUUGUCUGAACAGGAGACUGAAGCUGCUGAGAAAUCAGCUUAGUGCGAUAAGCUAAUUAUUAAUAGGUCAUUUGAAGGUAACGAAGGGACUUUAAGGAACUUUUCAUUAAAUAUAAUUAUGGAUAAUUUAGAGGUUACUCAUGUUUAUGGUGCAAUUGCUUCUGUUUGCUGAUACCGCUUUGCAAAAAAUAAAACUUGCUACAAAACAUUCAUGAGCAUAAAAUAAGGUGCAUAUCAGCAUCGCUUUAGAGCUCUGACACCAUUUUCAAUGUUAAGAAAUCAACUUUAGAUAUUUUCUUGCAAUUUACUGGAUGCUGACAAUUUUUCACUGGAUUUUUCAGUGGUUUGGACUUCACAUAAUGUGCUUUAUUGUCUGAACUGAUACUUUGUUUUUAUUACAUAGCCAUUUUUGCAAACUGAAACACCAUAGCCAUAACUAGAGUGAUCUCUUGUUUAGCGAAGAGCUGUAUUUAAAACUUGUUUUCAGGUCAAGGCUGAUAUCAAGGACUUGCUGUAAUGAUUAGAAUGGAGAAAGAAAAACUGUCAGGUAGCAUAUUUUUCUUCACUGUUGAUUUGUAAGUGAUAAUGAAGUUCUCUGCAACAAGGCAUGCUCAAUGUUUUAUUAUUACUGUCAACAAAAUUUCACUACAUUCCCACAAUGCUUUAGUAUGUUAGUAAGGAUGUGCACUGAAACAAACUAGAUAGGACACAGUGGAGCGAGAGACACACUUUUAGUUAUGGAUUUGUUCAGAUUGUGUAAAAACAACUUAUGAACUGGAGGGUGUUCUGAUGAGAAAGGACAUCCUUUGAUCACAUUGAAGAAAGAGGCAGAAAGCCUUUCACGCUCGAUGUAGUCCGCCCUCUGUAAUUUGUCUGAUAUGACAGAGGGAGUAACACUUUAAAAGAAUCCCUUUUAUACAACAUUAACACUUUUCCCCUUUUUAUAUAUAUUCUGAAUUGCUUUGAGUUAACUAUGCUGUUUGUAAUUUGCUAAUUUUUAAACUACAGGACAUCACAAGUGAAACUAAUGUAUUAAUUUAUGCUACUUGCUGUUUUAAAGUGACAUGUCAAAACGGAGUGAAGAAGCAUAACUCUGUUUAUGUAUGAUUUUGGAGGAAAAAAAGAUGUAGACAAGCCUAGUAUUGUGGGUGCACGUUCAAGUUUGAUGUUUCAUUGUACUGACAAAUUUCUUAUUUUGUAUGAAACAAUGUUUUUUCAUUUAAUCUUAAAUAUGCAUUACAAAAAUAAUUUUAUUAAUCUGCCAGUUAGACAAAAUAAGUGUGUGAAGCUUUUAGGUAUGAGAUUCACUUUUCCUUUCAUAUUACUUGAAUGUGAUAUUUCUAGUGGACAUGUCAAAAGUUCCAUUGUUGUAGGCACUAUACAAAAAUGAAAGGAAGCCAUUGGUUAUUUGUCUAGUUCUGUAGUAGAACAAACUUGGUCAGCUCCACUUUUGGGUUUUCUUCUAAUCCAUUAUUAAUGUAUUUAGUAUCAAAACUUUACAUACCAAUAAAGUACAAAAUGGCCACUGCUUCUCAAUUCUAUAGGUUUGAUACCAAACAUAACAAUGAGUGUGCAUUAUAUAGUUAUGAACUAUAAAAAGCUUUGUUUAUUAUGCUGUGUGGAAUGCAUAAAAAGCAAUAAAUUAUGUGCCAAAUUUUUCUUUGCAUUUUUUAAAAAAGUUCAGACUCAUGUAAACACAUUAAAACAUACCAUGUUUUGUCUGCUAGUAGACAUGUACUUUAUUGAAUGUAAAUUAAUUCACAUGUAACUUUUGACAUUUUCACUUCAUGCAAAAUAAAGAAUAAGGAUGA